GCAGGUGGUGGCCAACGAGGCCCGGAUGUCCUCGGGCGCCGGGAGAGCCAACGCCAGCGACACGACCGCCCCCUCCCCCUCCUCCUCCCCCACUGCCCCUGGCCGACCCCUGCCGCAACAGGCCACGCCCUCUCCGACGCCCACGCCCACGCUCUCGACGCAGGCGGACACCACGCCCAACCCGUACCUGGCGUGCAUCCAGGGGGAGGUCGAGGGCUGGGAGGAAGGCCCGGGGGAGGGGGCUGAGGAGGAGGCCCCGGCGGUGGACUUCGGAAAAGGUAUCAGGUGCCCCGCGGUGCACGAUGGCUUGGCGUGCUGGCCCACCACAGCGGGGGGUAUGUACGCCCUGGUCCCGUGCCCGCCCUCGUUCACGCUCCAUCCAAAUACCACAAAGCGCGCGUCGAGGUACUGCGGCCAAGACGGGGAGUGGGAACCCGACGCGGCAGACUACUUGGCCUGCGCCACGGAUGACAUUUUCGCCAAGGAGGGGACCAAGAGGAAGGCCUCGGACAUGCAGGAGGGGGACGCGACGGCCGUCCUGCACUCCAUCAUCGCCGCCCGCCUCGAAGUGUGCGUGCAGCUCAUGAACGAGAUUCCGAGGCCGACGGACGGUCAGUUUUCCAUUUCC